AUGGGCAUCCGGAAUCUUGCCUACGCUUUCCUUACUUGCAAAAUGACGGAAGAGCUUAAAAACACACCUCUAAAAUAUGAGAAGCCAAUAUUGUGUCAUUGGCAGAGGACAGACCUAAUGUCACCUCAGUCUCAAGCCAUGGAUUACAAUGAGGGAGACACGAUACGAAGCCAAACACCAUCGAUAGUUGACAGUAUGAUCGCUACUGUUGCAACAGACGAAAGCUUUGAGCCAAUUGUGUUAGCUGGACAUGCGUACCGCUUCGCCAAGUAUUGCGCCAGUCUGAAGCCAACACACAUCCUUAUCGAGCGACAACGAUUUCGUAGUGGUGGACAUUCAGCUGUUCAAGAGUGGUCUCUGAGAGUAGGCAUGCUUGAAUCCAUGCUUCAUGCCACCUUUCGAACUUUAGUAGAAGAGAAACUCUUGCUUGGUACGACGGUUGAGCAAGUACUGCCUAUGAGGGUCAACAAGUUCUGGUUCACUGACGAAGACGUUCCGGCCACUGGCAAAGCAGCUAAAGUCGCAAAGAUCGCUCUCGUGAAUGACAUGUUGAAGUCCGUAGGCGCGAAGACCGCCAGCUUCUCCCUUCACGAGGACGUUCGUAACACUGUGGAUGGCUUUGGAGCGAAAGGGUCUCGAGCAGCGGGCUCCAAAAAGGCCCCAACUUUAGAGAAAUUAGAUGACAUGUCAGAUGCUCUUCUGCAAGGUCUGGCUUGGCUGAGAUGGCAGGAGAACCGUAACAGGCUGGUAACGCAUGGAGUCGAUGCUCUCGGCAUUGAAGUAUAA